UAGAAAUCCAUCCUAAAGAGAUUUUAGGGUUAGGGUUUUUUCGUAUACGAGCCACUUUCUAAGUUUCUCGUGCCCGUCUUCCCUCUUCGCGCCAUCAACUUCUUUCGGUCGCAGCUGAAGAUCCCUUCUCCGCGGCCAUGGCUGAGCAGACUGAGAAGGCAUUUCUUAAGCAACCUAAAGUCUUUCUAAGCUCUAAAAAAUCUGGUAAAGGAAAGGGUCCGGGGAAAGGUGGUAACCGUUUCUGGAAGAACAUUGGGCUGAAGAUAAAGACGCCAAGGGAGGCCAUUGAAGGAACAUACAUCGACAAAAAGUGCCCUUUCACUGGAACUAUUUCCAUUAGGGGUCGAAUAUUGCAGGGAACUGUCUAUAAAGCUAAGAUGAUGAGAACCAUCAUUGUUCGAAGGGAUUCUCUUCAUUAUGUUAAGAAGUAUCAAAGAUUUGAAAAGCGGCACUCCAACACUCCUGCUCAUGUAUCACCAUGUUUCCGCGUGAAGGAGGGCGAUCAUGUAACCAUUGGUCAGUGCAGGCCAUUGUCGAAGACAGUUAGAUUCAAUGUGUUGAAGGUCACUCCGGCUGGUUCAACUGGUGGGGGCAAGAAAGCAUUCACAGGGAUGUGAGCACUUCAGAUCAAUUUUGGUUAAGGCCAUCUUAGUUUGCAUACUGCUAUUUAAAAACUUGAGGUUUAUCUUAUCUGGCUUGUUACAAGGAAGUAUGCAUUUAUUACAUUUUGAUUUAGAUGCUACUGUGUCUUGUUAAAAAAGUUGCUUCUUUAUGGGAAUUUCGACUUUUUUGGAGUUUUUA